AGGGGAGCUAUUGGCGUGGUGACAUUUCAGCACGGACACUUGGAGGCGCCCACAAGCUGUCCUGUGUCAACUGAUGGAGCGAUUCGGAGAAGAUGGACUUUGAAAAAGCCACACAAUAAGUCUGAUGAUUUUUUUUCUAAACUCCUUGUAUGUGUGAUCCCCAUACACAUUUGCGGACUUGCAAUCUGAAGGUCUGUUUGAUUUUUAAAAAGGGGCCGGCACUUCUUGCAACAUGCAAUGGAUGCGCACAUGGCGGAGCAUUGAUAUCCAGCCGUGUCUUUUACAUUGAUGCUCUGAUUCAUUAAACCAUUAAGUUCAUCUCAGCUUUUUUAUUAGGGACAAUGGCAGCGGUAACGAGUCCAGAAACGACACCUCAGCCCCGGGUCUAUUUUCAAACACCUCCCAAUGCCGAAGAAGAAGUGCCACAGAAGCAAGGUCGCGUGACUGUCAAAUAUGACAGAAAGGAGUUAAGAAGGAGGCUAAAUUUGGAAGAGUGGAUUGUUAGCCAGUUAAUGAAUCUGUACGACUGCGAGGAAGAUGAAGUUCCUGAGCUGGAAAUAGAUGUGGAUGAGCUGUUGGAUUUGCCCAGCGAUGUCGAGAGAGCCAUUCGAGUGAAGAUGCUGCUGGUCGACUGUUACAAGCCUAAUGAUGACUUUGUGGCAGCAUUGCUGGAGAAAGUUCGGGGCAUGCAGAAGCUCAACACUCCCCAGAAGAAAGGUGAGCUGACGCCAUGAGGCCACACCAGCUCCCCUCCCACCACCACAAAACGAACCUGUCACUCCAGAGGAGAGAUGCAGGCAUGCAGACCCAACCACUAUACCACAGUGUCUGUCUGUCAAAUGGAGCUUAUUGAUAGGAGUCCAGCCAAGCCAAUCUCAGCUGCAGGUUAACCACCCCAACUGUUUUACUUUGUCUUAGUACUGUCUCAGCAUAUAUUACAUGUAGAGAGUGUGAUCAUGUCCCUUUAGCAAAAAACUUCUGUGGUGAUUUAGGGAAAGAAAUGGUUGAUGUUAUGGUUUCACUGAUACACUUCUUUCAGAGCCACUUGACUUGGCUUGAUCUGUCUGUAGUCAAGUAGAAGCAACUAGCGCAAUUUUUCUUUAUAUUUUCGUCUCUCACUCUUCUGAUGUUUUUCAAUAAGGGCAACAUUAAAAUUUUGAAGGCAAGAAAGCGUUAGUUUUAGAUGUGCGGGGAUCUUGGAUUUUAGGAUGUGUUGAUGUGAAUUGGGAGCGAGGGAGCGUGAGAACUGUGAACGUGUUUUGUAAGCCAUUUUUAAUCUACCAUUUUUAGGAAAAAAAUGACAGUUCUGUGUUAGUACUCAUUUUAGGAAUUAUCUGCUUAAGGAAGCUAUCAAAAAUAAAGCUAGUUUGAAAUUUUGUCUGGAUAAAGAGUAGCAAUACCAAUAGAGUGAAUUUGCCAAUUUGUUACAAGAAAUUUUUAAGAAAUCUCUACAGAGAAAGGACAGUGAUCUCUGUUAAAGGAUUUUAAGCAAUGCUGAAUUAAGUUCAAAGCCCAAGUAUCUUUUGUAAAAUAAAACGUUUAUUCAAUUUUAAGUGAACAAGAUUGAGAAAUGCAUCUCUUCCUGAUCAGUGCUUGUUGGAAUGGCAAAAACUGUACCUUGUGCACUCUCACAAUCAAAUCUGUGUAGUAAGGCUCUCAAAUAAAAAAAUGGUGCUACAUACAUGUCUAAAA